AUGGGUGAUACGAAUGGACAAGUUGUAGCUGGUGGCAAUGGCCGAGGAAAUCGAUUGGAUCAAUUGAAUUUACCAACUGAUGUGUUGAUCGACAAAGAGACGGAUAGUUUCAUUAUUUGUGAUUGGCAGAAUCGACGAGUCGUACGAUGGUCUCGUCGUAGUGGUACAACUCAAGGAGAAAUUCUCAUCGCCAACAUCGUUUGUUGGGGAUUAGCCAUGGAUGAUCAGAGAUAUCUCUACAUCUCUGACACUGACAAACAUGAAGUAAGACGAUAUCAAAUAGGAGACAAGAAUGGAGCUCUUGUAGCUGGUGGAAAUGGCACAGGUGAUGGUCUCAAUCAACUCAACGUGCUGAGAUACAUCUUCGUCGAUCAACAACAGAAUGUCUACGUGUCAGACAACAACAAUCAUCGUGUGAUGAAAUGGAAUAAAGGUGCAAAAGAAGGAAUUGUCGUCGCUGGAGGUCAAGGACAAGGGGAUGCUCUGACACAAUUGUCGCAUCCUUGCGGACUGUUCGUCGAUACAUUGGGUACCAUCUAUGUGGCAGACGCGUGGAAUCAUCGAGUGAUGCGUUGGCCUAAAGGAGCGAAACAGGGCACUGUCAUUGUGGGUGGAAAUGGUCAAGGAGCAGGAGCAAAUCAGUUCAACUGGCCCAUCGGUGGAUUUAUUACAACAGAAAAGAAUGAAAUAAGAUAUAUUCUUCUUUUGAAUAAAAAUUUAUUUAUAUCAACAUAUCUAUUCUAUACACAUCAAGAUCAACAAUUUGUUAUUCAUGUACAAUAUUUAAUUGGAAUGGAAUAUAAGAGAAAUCGAAUGAAAAUUAAUAUUAAUUUUACAAUGUUAUUAAAUAUUAUUCAAGUGGACAAUAUUGAGUUGUAUUUAAUGAUACGACUUAUUCAACGUUUACUUAAAUAUACAUCAAUAAAACAUAUUGAUUAUCAAUUAUUAAUUGAUUCAUUGGGCAAAUUACGUGAAAUAGCAAAAAAAAUUAAAUGA